UUCAGACACAGUCAGGGUAGCUUGUGAGGUGUAUCGUGUGUAUUGUGUCCAAUUCCAAAUUUUACCUCAAACUUAAAGUACCUGAAUUAUUUAAACCAUUUUCCAUCCAUAAGUGUUUGUUUUUUAAUUUGGUUAUUUUUCAACCAAAUUGAAUUUGUACGCGGUUAAAGUGUUCUUUCAAGAUUUAUUUUGUUUAUUCGUCUUGAAUAUUAUCAUUUCAUUCAAACUCUGAUUCACCGGCAAGUUAAUUCAUUCCAUUGCGAUUAAUGUUAUUUGAAACUUCUCCAGCUGAGAGAAUUAGUUAUUGGAACUUUCCAGUUACAAAUAAUUUUUUGUGUGACUACAAAAACUAUUAUGAAGGAUUCAACAGAUAAAUUUGAUCAUCUAGAUCAAAUUUCUGGAAAGGACAAUACAUCUCCUGAAGUUCCUGUAGCACCAUUAUCCUUAGGAGGCUUUAAUACUUUUUGUGAGAGUCGAAGUUAUUCACCACAAGGAAGCGUUGGAUCUGAAUGCUGGAGUCCAAUUUCAUCAGGAACAGCAUCGUCAUGUAGGAGUUCUCCCCCUUAUGGAUCAUCUCCAUAUGACUUUGGUUUCGAUUCACUUAUCGAUAGUAUUCGUCAAGCUGAUCGUGAGCUUCCGUUUGAUCUUCAAUCAACUUCUGCUAAUGACAUACACAAUCAUCAAGAUCGUGAUUGUACAGAUUUGAAUAGUGAAAUUAGCGUAAAAAUUCAGGAUACGGACUCUGAUAACAAAGUUGAUGACUUUUCAUUAUUUACAAGUUCAGCGCCAGUUCCAUCUAGUUCUCAGAUGGUACAAGAUUCAUAUCCAUCAUCACCGACACAACAAGAAUCUCAUCAUUGUAGUACUCAUGGACAUACUUCUACACUUUAUUGUCAAUCUUGCAAUCAAACAUUCUGUAGAAUUUGUGAGAUAUUUCAUCAUCACGGUCAUACGACAAUGGAUUUAAUUGAUGCAUCUAUCCUUGCAGAUAUUGAGAGUAAUCAGACUUUGAGUGAUAUAAGAUUUCGUAUAGAAAAACUACAAAAAAAUUUAAACUCAGUUCAGAAGACCACAGAAACUCUUGAACACAACGUAUAUGAAGCUAAAAAUGAUGUUUCAUUUUAUAUAGCGCAAAUAAAGUUUGCUCUGCAAAAACGUGAAAAAGAACUUUAUGAACGUAUUGACGAAAUAAAAAAUCAGAAAUCUGAGUUUUUAAAAUUUCAAGAAUGCAAUUUGAAAAAUACUAUACAACAACUAGGGAUGCAAGCUGAAGAAAUAACUAACGCCAAGAAUCUAUCUAAAGAAAUUGGAAGCCCUGUAAACUUUUUCCUUACCAAAGAAAAAGCUUCUACUCAGAUUUCCAAAAUUGAAAACAAUUGUUUAAGUAAUGCACCAGUCAAAGACAAUUUCAUAUCAUUUUCUGUAGUAAUGGAUGAUGUUUUGAGUGCGAUUGGUGACCUCGGUACAGUUAAAUUGAAUGUUUUCGGAGUCAUAGGUGAUGGUAGACCUCUUAAAGGCCGUGGCAAUUUACUUCAAGUAACGCAGCAACCGAAUUGUCAUGGUCAACCGCUUCAAAUUCAGAAUUUUAAUUCGAGGCCAAUCGGGAGACCAGUACCGUCCGUUAAUGGUUCAGUUAUCGUAAAUCCUGAGAAUUAUUUAUCGUCACCUAAGGGAACACUUGUAAUUAAACACAAUGAUAAAAAAGAGGAUCUCUUGCCUCGGCCUUGGGGUGUUGCUUGUGACGAAGAUGGAAAUAUUAUUGUUACUGAUAGGACAUAUCAUCGUAUUAAAAUAUUCGAUGAAAAGGGUAAGCUACUGAGAGAAAUUGGAAAACAAGGAGCAGGUACAGGGCAACUUUUCAGACCAGCAGGAGUUGCCAUCGAUGAAUGCCGACGCAUCAUUGUAGCUGACAAAGACAAUCAUCGGGUUCAAAUUUUUACAAUGGAAGGUGAAUUUAUAUUAACAUUCGGUAAAUUCGGUAAAAAAAAUGGUCAAUUUCAUUAUCCAUGGGAUGUUGCAACAAAUACAGACUGCCAAAUAGUGGUAUCAGAUACACGGAAUUAUCGGGUUCAAUUAUUCAGUCCAGAUGGCGUAUUUCUACGUAAAUUUUCGUGGUGUAACCUCGAUCGGUCUAGAGAAUCAUCAUAUUUACCACGUGGUGUCGCUUUUAAUCCGCAAGGUGAUAUUGUUGUGACGGAUUUGAACAAAAGAUGUAUAACGGUCAUAAGAUUUGAUAUGACCGAUUUCAAAGUUAUUAAAUGUGAUAAAAUUGGGGGCGUAGAGCAAUGGGAAAGUUUACAAGGGAUUACCAUUGAUGACCAAGGAACUAUGAUAGUUUCCGAUUCAAAACAUCAUAGAAUAAGUGUGCUAGAUUCUGAAGGUCGUUUAAAAUGCGCAUUCGGAAGUUAUGGUGCAAACCUUGAUAAGAUGGAUCGUCCAGCUGGUAUUGCGUUAACCCCAAAAGGUCGAAUUGUCGUUGUUGAUUUAGGUAAUAAUCGAGUAAUCGUAUUUUAAAAAGUAGUUCGGAGAAUCUUAUCAUAAGCUUUAAGGUUAAAAAAGAAAGAUUCGAUUUGAACUAUAAAAGUGAUAAUAUUUUCUUAUUGGUACUGUCCCUGCUUAAAAAAUCCGAUAGAUUUUUAUAGCUGUAUGUAUAAGGCCCUAUACUUUACUAUAGCACUUCUUAUAGAACUCAUUCAUUCUUGUAAAAUCUCUAUAGGAAUUCAUGAGAAUCUAUUGGAUUCUAUGAGAUUUUCUAAGCAGGGGUACCUAUACGCGUAAAACGCAGAAAUUGCUCAUUGGUUAAUGUUUCUGAUAAACGUUUCUUCAUCUAGACAUAUUCAUUAGAUUAUUAAGGUCAUAAACUUUCUUACAAUAUUCACAAUUAAGCCAAAAAAGCCGUUUGGAAAAAAAAACCAAAAAAAAAAUAAAUAGAGAAGAAAAGAAUAUUUUUUGCUAUGUCAUAAUUUUGUCUUAGUUUUUUGUUUUUAAUUUCAAUUAGUAAAAAAAUUCAAUAUUCCUUGUUUUUUAAAACUAUUCUUGAUGCUUACGUUUUAAAAUAAAAAUAUUUACGUAGAGCUCAAAAUGAAGUUAUAAAUAAAAGAGAACAGAAAGACAAAAGAUGAAAAAAAAUCAAACAAAUCAUUUGGGAACAAAACGAAAAUUAUUUAACGAGAUAGAAAAUAGUGGAAAUUUAAUUUUUUAUGUUUUUGAUUUAUUAUAAAACAUAUUUUAAUCUAUUUUUAUUUUAUCAAUGGUACGCGCAAAAAUAACUAGAUUUUAUUGUAAAAUCAUUGCUUGUAUUUAUACAGUAAGACUGAUGCAAGACUGAAAUGAAAUGAUAAUACAAGUCAUGUUUUUGUUGCAUUCCUAACAAAUUAGUUAUGACUUGAAAAAAAAAACACAAGCAAAAUUUUCAAUUGGAAACUUUGUAGUUAUUUUAGAUAGCGCGAGUUAGGUUAAUUUUUUUUUUUUAUUCUUAUAAUUAAAGUAACUGUUACUUUAAAAUAACAAAUCUCAAUCAAUGUUGUCAAAAUCGUCUUCUCUAUACAUGUAGUAUAGUAUUGUGUGAUCAAAUUUGACAAUUUUUUUUUUAAAUAACACUCAUUGUACAAUUAGUUAAUUUUUCGGUUUUUCAAUGAGUUGCUAAUUUUAAAUAGCGCGAAUUUUUUUUAAUACAUCGAUAUAUUUUUAGUUUAUAAUUUUUAUUUAAUUGAUAUGAUUGACUAUUUUUUGUACGAAAUUAAUCAUUUAGUUGAAAAAACUAUGAGAUCAUUCAAACGAUUUGACUUCUUAGAAUUUCGUAAAAUCCACACAAAUAUCGCAAAACAUGAAAGAAUAAGCGUAAGAUGGAUAAUUGAUAGUGAGACUUCAAAUGCAAUUAAUUUAGCCAAUAAUAUUAGUAUAGUUGAUAUCUUUUGUUUUAAGGCUUUCAUAUGAAAUUUGAAAAAUGCAAUAAAAUUAUAAGUAAACAAACUGUGUACGUUAUUUGUGAAUUUUCUUAACUCCGUAUUUGAAAAUAUAAAAAAUCAAAGGUAUGAAUUCUUACUUUAUUUAACAAAUUAUUGUAUUUAAUUUGUGGUCACAAUUAGUUGUAAGAAGUGCGCAAUAAUAAACAUAUCUGAUGCAUAUAUCAAAGAGCUCGAUAUUUUAAAAUUAAUUAAUUUAUGCACUGUAAAAAAUUUUUGGUGUGAAAAUGGUCUUCGAGUACUUUACACCGUAUCCUUGGUGUGACAUUUUUUUGGUGUGAAUCAUCAAGGGACGUAGUUUUAACAUGGUGUGAGUACUUUUAAAAUAAGGGUUUAACAUUUACACCGUUGGUGGUGUAAUCGUCUUAAUUCACACGGCCAAAGAUUUAAUAUUGUGAAUCGUAGGACUUUCACACUGGCGGCGUUGAAAAUUUUCUCAAAAUUUUUUACAGUGGGGUCAUAUAUGUUAUCAAUUCAUUUUAAACGAGACUUCGAUUUCAUUCAAAUGCCUAAUUAACCGAUGCUUGUAUAUAACUUUCUUUUAUUGCAAGCAAAAAAGAUAUGAAAGAGUAAAUUUUAUA